AAGAAGUCAACUCCCUCACAGAGUAUGCUGAUAUUUUACAAAUGGAGGAAUGGAGCCAUUUAAGACAAUAUGUAAACGGUUCUGUAGAAUUUAUAUUGUUAGAUGAUGCUGAUGGUGCUUUUUCUGUACUGAUUAUCGACAGAGAAUUUGCUACUAAUGCCUGCGAGAGUGGAGAAUUUUUUUGCAUGUAUCGAAGAAGGCAGUACCAAAUCGUUUAGGAACAUCUCAAUUAUUAACUCUUAUGAGCGUUGUCAAUGGUCGGGAAAUUUUCAACAAAAUUCUGGAUUUGAAUUUACAACGUCGUUUAUUAAUGCGGAAUGAUGAAAUUGGAGCGGCGUUAAAAGAAUUAAUGUCAUUGUCGUUACUCCCUUCUCAUAAGAUUUUGGAAGAGCUGGCUAAUUUAAAAACGAAACAUGGAAGAUCACAUAGAUUGUCAGUAUUAUUAAAUUUUUAUGAAGAGAUUUGCCUAGAGAUAGGGCUGCAGAAUUUCAGUGUUUAUAACAGCUUUGAUUCAAUCAGUGACGUAAUGGAACAUUAUUCUGGCCGCCUUGAAUCUACAGUUGGAACUCGACCAAAAUCAUGUUGGGAAUUCACAAAAUCAAUAGUGUCCCUCCAAGGAAAAGUAUAGGAUUAAGUCAGCCGCUUGCAACAAGGAUUGAAUAGUAAUUUGAAAUCACCAACUUUGAACAAUAAAUCAAAAAAUGGAAAAAUUAGACAUGUUUGGGAAUCUCUGCCUCCUAGAGGAAGACUAACUGUCGAAAGAUUUCUCAAAGAUGUUUCCUAUAACAUUAUUUCGCCUUUAAUAGAGCACUUCAUUGUAUACCUUGAAGUAUCAGAUAAUGCAGAGAAUGAGUUUCAUGAAAUGCUUUAUAUUCCUGAAGUAGCCCAAGAAUUUGACGCAUUGGCAGCAGAUGACAUUGUUUAAGAAUAUGAACAACCUGCACCAGUCGAUCCACUUGCUCCAAUUCGGGAAGAAGUAGCAGCACCAGAAGAAUUUGUUCCUCUAAUACAGGAAAAGGAAGUCAUGGAACCAGGGCCAGCAGAGGGACUUGUUGAACAAGUACAAGAGGAGGAGCUGGUUGAACAAGUGCAAGAGGAGGGGCUGAAUGAACAAGUCCAAGAGGAGAGGCUUGUUGAACAAGUGCAAGAGGAGAGGUUUGUUGAACAAGUACAAGAGGAGGGGCUGGUUGAACAAGUGCAAGAGGAGGGGCUUGUUGAACCACUAGCACUAGCGCCAGUGUUAGCUGUAAAUAGAGAUCAUCCUUAUCUAGAAGCAAAUAAUAGUAAGUAAUUAAAUUUUAUUGCAGGUUGCUAGAGGGUCGUUCAUAUGCCACGUGGGCAGUG